AUGCGUCAAGGCCACUUCCUUUCCCUCCUCUCACUGCUCGCUACCGGCGUGUCGGCUGCCCCCGGUAAGGGCAAGGUCCCCAAGGGCUUUGUCACUGCUGAGGGUGACCACUUCAAGCUCGAUGGAAAGAACUUCUACUUUGCCGGUAGUAAUGCCUACUACUUUCCCUUCAACGACAAAUCCGACGUCGAAAAGGGCAUGAAAGCUGCCAAAGCCGCCGGCCUCACCGUCUUCCGUACCUGGGGGUUCAACGACAAGAACCGCACCUACGUCCCCACCGGUCUUCCCCAAUACGGCGGCGAAGGUGCCGGCGCCACCGAGACCGUAUUCCAAUGGUUCGAGAAAGACGGCAAACAAACCAUUGACAUCAGCCCCUUCGACAAGGUGGUCAACUCGGCCUCCAAAACUGGCAUCAAGCUCCUUGUCGCGCUGACCAACAACUGGGCCGACUACGGCGGCAUGGACGUCUACACCGUCAACAACGGCGGCAAGUACCACGACGACUUUUACACGCAGCCCAAGAUCAAGGCCGCCUUCAAGAAGUACGUCAAGGCCAUGGUGACGCGGUACCGCGACUCACCGGCGAUUCUGGGCUGGGAGCUGGCGAACGAGCCGAGAUGUGGUGCCGAUGGGACCAGGAACUUGCCCAGGAGCGAGAAUUGCACGCCUGAGGUGUUGACGAAGUGGAUUGAUGAGAUGAGCACGUAUGUGAAGAGCCUAGACAAGAACCAUCUGGUUACGUGGGGUGGUGAGGGCGGGUAUAACAGGCAGAGCGAUGAUGGGUUUUAUAAUGGCUGGGAUGGAGGUGAUUUUGAUAAGGAGUUGAGGUUGAGGAAUGUCGACUUUGGGACGCUGCAUUUGUAUCCUGAUUGGUGGUCAAAGAGCGUCGAGUGGUCCAACCAAUGGAUCCGCGACCACGCCGUCUCGGGCCGCGCCGCCAAGAAGCCUGUCGUGCUCGAGGAGUACGGCUGGAUGACCGACAAGGGCCGUCUGGACCAGCUUGGCCAGGUCAAGAACGAAACCCGAAUCGAGGUCAUUGGCGGCUGGCAGAAGAUUGCCGUCCAGGAGAAGAUGGCCGGCGACAUGUACUGGCAGUUUGGCUAUGGCGGGUAUUCCUACGGACGCAAUCAUGAUGAUUCGUUCACAAUUUACUUGGAGGAUGCCGAGGCCAAGGAGCUGGUGUAUAAGCAUGCCAAGGAGAUGCAGAAGUUGAAUGAGCGGAGGCACUAA